CCAGCAGCCUCGAGCUGCUCCCGCGCGACCUGUCCACUGCUCGAGAAUCAUGUCGUUUUAGCGCUUGUUCGAGCCCCGCUACUUUUGCACCUUUCCGCCCUGCAUUGUGCCCUGCCGCUUCACAGGAUGGCUCCAGACCGGGGUGACUCCACGGACGUCGACUACAACCAGCGAGAUCAUGCACUACAUGAUGCCAAUGAUGCGCCGCAGUCUCGGCAUGACUCGCGAGAGUCAAGAGAACGCAGGUUCCUUGCGGAGCGAGCCGACCAGCCCCAGAACUUCACCCUCCGAGGCGUCCUUUGUGGCUUGGCCAUCGGCGUCGCCAUAUGCUUCAGUAACAUGUACUUUGGUCUACAGACAGGAUGGGUCACGGGCAUGGCCAUGCCGUCAGCUUUGAUCGGGUUUGCCUACUUCAAGACCGUGUCCCGCAUGCUCAAGUUCCCAUUCACACCUGUCGAGAAUGUACUGGUCCAGUCUGUUGCUGGCGCGGUGGGCACGAUGCCGCUUGGGUGCGGCUUCGUCGGCGUAAUUCCAGCUCUCAACUUCUUGUUGACCAAAGAGGAAAAUGGACCUCUUGACAUCAGUCUCUGGAGAUUAGUCGUCUGGUCCUUGGGGAUAUGCUUUUUUGGCGUGGUGUUUGCUGUGCCUUUGCGCAAAGAGGUCAUCAUUCGCGAGAAACUAAAGUUUCCGAGCGGCACUGCCACAGCCCUGAUGAUCCAAGUCCUGCAUGGCGACGAGAAACCCAAGGUCACCAUGUCCCACCCCAGAGGCGAGGAAGAAGAGAGAGGAGAAGAACAACGCCUUCUGCAGUCUUCCGAGACAGAAGGCGAAUACGCGCUUCGCCCAUCCCACGAGCAGCAGAUUGAAGGGCAAGGAAGCGAUGCUUAUGAGGACGGUGACUGGAGACGCAAGAUCCGUCUGCUGCUUGUAUCCUUUGCUGGCUCGGCUGCCUACACGAUAAUAACUUACUUCGUCCCACAGCUACAUGAGGUCCCAGUCUUUGGGCUUACGUUAGCUAGCAAAUGGCUAUGGACGUUGAAUCCUUCUCCAGCAUACAUAGGACAGGGCAUCAUUAUGGGUCCCGCUACAACUCUCCAUAUGCUCCUGGGCGCCAUAGUAGGCUGGGGCAUACUGUCGCCGCUUGCAAAAAAUCGUGGCUGGGCACCAGGACCUGUCUCGGACUGGACAAAUGGAUCCAAGGGAUGGAUCGUAUGGAUCUCGCUUGCAAUCAUGCUAGCAGAUUCGUUGGUCAACCUUGGAUGGCUCGCUAUCCGACCUUUUCUUGCUAUCGGCAGGUUAUAUUAUCCUGCGGCCAAAGAAAUAUACGAUACACACACCUGGAAACAACUUCUCGCCCUCGACAUUACUCGUCAGCCUGCAUACACUCAGCUCGGCGACGGUACUUCCGCAAAUCCUAUCACAGCUAUCAAGCAGCAUCUUUCUAAAGAUAACGAGCCGGACGCACCGCCAGAACACCAGAUUUCGAAUCGCACAACUAUCAUUGGGCUCAUUCUCUCGCUCGCCGCAUGCAUAGCUGGUGUACAUAUAUCCUUCCCCAACCUCAUCCCGCUCAGCCUUACGUUACUGGCACUCGUUUUAGCGCUCUUUCUUUCCAUCAUGGGCGUUCGCGCGUUAGGCGAGACGGACCUCAAUCCGGUUUCUGGCAUCUCGAAGCUUACACAGCUCAUCUUCGCGCUCAUUACGCCCACCACCGGACCGAACGCAAAGAAUUCCGUCAUCAUCAACUUGCUCGCCGGUGCCAUCUCCGAAUCGGCGGCUCUCCAAGCAGGCGACUUGCUGCAGGAUCUCAAAUGCGGACAUCUGCUAGGCGCCGCCCCUAACGCGCAGUUCUGGGGCCAAAUGAUCGGAAGCGCUGUCGGUGCAGUGAUCUCUGCACUGGUAUACAAGCUCUACACGCAUGUGUACGCUGGCCAGAUUCCGGGUGGUCUGUUUGAAGUUCCAACAGCGUACGUGUGGGUGUUCACUGCAAGACUGGUUACAGGCAAAGGCCUGCCACCAAUGGUCCGCGAAUGGGCGGCAGGCGCUGGAGUUAUUUUUGCUCUAGGGACGAUGUUGAGGGUCUACGGCCAGUUCAGAAAGAGGCAAGGUCUGGGAGCAAAGUGGAUGGACUUCGUGCCGGGUGGUAUCGCCUUUGCUAUUGGCAUGUACAACACACCUUCGUUUACACUCGCACGUACUAUUGGCGGCUUGAUCAGCUUGUGGUGGAGGCGUUGGAAGGGCCGGAGUGAGACGCAGAUCGUCGUGCUCGCUAGCGGUUUGAUACUGGGCGAGGGGCUGUUCAGUAUCGUGAAUCUGGGAUUGGCUAGCCUGAAGGUGCCGCAUUUGUAGAUGAUAUACUCGAUCGAAAGUAACUUUUCAACAAUACAUCUGGCG